CAAGUGUGUAACGUAAGGGUGACACCUAUAAGUAGACACAAGAGUAAGUACAGACGUACUUACUUACAGACCUCCAAGAAUAAGAAUGAGUACAAAAUUGAUUAAAGCUGUUCUCGAAAAUUGCUCCAAAGCUACCCUAGUAGCUAUUCUUAAUGAAUCUCCUGCGGAGCUGAAUAAGAUUGAUGAAGAUCAACGAACUGCAUUCCAUUGGGCAUGUUCAAUGGGAAGUUUAGAGGCAAUUGAGUUGUUUUUAGAUAGAAAAGAUGCAACCAUCAAUGCUCAAGAUGAAGCUGGUUGGACACCGUUUAUGAUCGCUAUUUGCAACAAGAACAAUCCAGAGUCUGUUUUAGAAGAGUUUUUAAAUCGCGAGGAUUUGGAUAUUUCAGCUACUACUCGAGGAGGACAGACCUGCUUGCAUUACGCAGCAACAAAAGGUCGUAUGCGCCUGCUGCAAUUACUCUGCGACCGUAAACCUGAACUCGUUCGUGUAAAGGACCGUCAGGGUCAACAGCCUCUUCAUCGUGCCACUGCAGUCGGUAACGUGAAUGCAAUUAAGAUUUUAUUGUCUCAUAAGGCGCCUUUAAACGCUUCCGAUUCCUGCGGAUACACUCCCUUGCACUUUGCUCUCGCAGAAGGUCAUGUCGAUGCUGCUGUGGAACUCGUGAAAGCUGGGGCUGAUACCUUACGUGUUGACAAGGAAGGACAUACUGCCAUGCAAUGUUGCCCCGAUCGCAUCGUUCUUCAGGAGUUUAUUGCUUCUUGUCAGAACCUAAACUUGGAUCUGUAAUUGUUUUGUAACACUAUGCCUGCCCUAUCUUUCUUGUGUCUUAUAUGGGGCGACAACCAAAACUCAGCUUUCACUACUAGUGACAAGUAACCGUUACGAACCAACGUAUUGAACAUACCGUACCAUCCAAAACUUCUCUACCCAUGACUACUCUUUUUUCUGACGUUUUAUUUUUUGGUAAACCGUGACAGUUAUGUUUAUAAGCAACAAAAAAGUUUUAUGACAAUGAAAUUCGUUUGAUGAAUGAAGGUACAUAUGUUAUCUUAAUGAAAUUAAAUUUGUUAAUAAAGA